UUAUAUAUAAUAUUCCAGCUCUUCAUACUUAAAUUGACUUAUCAACUAUCAUCAAACACUUCAUUUUUUUAAGAAAAAAUAUAAAAUAGAUAGAGAUCUAAUAAAGAGAUAGCUUACGGCGGAGAGAUGAGCAUCAAUGAGUCAUAUCCACCGGCUUUCCGGCGUGUUAUCAGCGGCGGAGACCCUCUAGCAACGGCGGAGGUCGAACCUGCAGUUCUUGUCCGGGACGAGGAUAUCAAAAUCCCGGUUAUAGAUUUGGAGCGUUUGGACAAGGAGAUACUGAGAGAGGCAUGCAAGGAGUGGGGAAUAUUCCGUCUAGAGAAUCACGGAGUACCGUUGGCGUUAACGUCACGGCUUCAAGAAAUCUCGGGCUCGUUGCUGAGUCUGCCGUUUGAGAACAAACGGGAAUUGUUCGCCGCCGUUAACUCUCCGUUAACGUAUUUUUGGGGAACACCAGCUCUGAAUCCUUCGGGGGAUGCGCUGAAGAGAGGAGCUCAAGCUUCAAAUGUACACAUGCUCGAAGGUUUCAACGUUCCUCUCUCCAAGCUUCCAACUUUUAGUACUUCUUGUGAUGAUGGUGAUGCUCACGAGCCAAAGCUCGAGUCUUUCAGAGUGUUGAUAGAGGAAUACGGAAGGCACAUAACUAGGAUUGCUGUGUCUUUGUUCGAAGCGAUAGCACAAACGCUGAGCCUACAAUUAUCCGGUAACCGGAGAUCAGAAUACUUAUCGGAGUCGACAGGGCUAAUACGGGUUUACCGGUAUCCCGGGAGCUCCGAUGGAGCAGCCGGGGAAGCUCUAGGGAUGGAAGUCCACACGGAUAGUUCGGUUAUCUCGAUAUUAAAAGAAGAUGAGACUGGCGGGCUUGAGGUCAUGAAAGGUGAAGAUUGGUUCUGUGUAAAGCCUGUUGCUAAUACUCUCAUCGUCAAUCUUGGAGAUAUGAUGCAGGCGAUAAGCGAUGAUGAGUACAAGAGUGUGACGCAUAGAGUGAAAAAGAAGAACAUGGAGACGGAGAGACACUCAGUGUGUUAUUUUGUGUUCCCAAAGAGAGAUUAUGUGAUAAAGUCAUCUAACUAUAAGCCGUUCACUUACUCUGAGUUUGAAGCUCAAGUUCAGGCUGAUGUUCAGUCUAGUGGAACUAAAAUCGGCCUUCCUAGAUUCAGACCAAAUUCUCCAUUGUUUCUGUCAUCGUGUCGCGAAAUUUAGUAUGGUUUAACAAAGCUCUAAUAAUAAGUAUUUAAGUCAGAAAAAGUUUGUAACGCUGUCUCAUCGUGUUGGGCAAAUUGGAAGUAGCUAGACCAUUCAUUUUUUUUUUGCAAAUUUAAAUUUGUUCCUUAGUUUUAA